GAAUCUGUAGAGUGUAGUGUAGUGUAUUGUAAAUUGUAAUUUUUUUGUGGUGACGAAUCACCAAACAGUAAACUUCGAUUUUCUGCUUUCAUUUCAUAUGAUUCACUCUCUAUACAACACAAAGCUCAAUAUUUCAAAAAUUCAGAGUUUUUCUUAUAAGUUCUAAGUUACAGUGACUUCUUUGCAUCAAUUAAACUGUGUCGUAACUUGUGUAAUAAAUAUUUGUUUAUUUAAUAUUUCACUCAGACUAUCGGUGUACUAUUUUGUCUAUAUUAAAACCAUUAAUUCUCAGUGUUGAAGAAUACAAAAUGAAUCCAUACCAAGGACCGCCACAAUAUCUACACAAUAUUGGAUUUACGAACAACGCUCCACAAUCUUUUGGGAAUCCUAUGCCAAUGCCAGGAUUCCCUACAAUGGGUUAUCCGGCACCCCAGCCAGGUUACCCAGCUGCUUCCCCUGGUUACCCUCAAUCUAACUAUCCCACUCAAGGAUAUCCUCAGCAAAAUACAGGGUACUCUCAACAAAAUCAGGGUCACCCCCAACAAUCUCAGGGAUAUCCCCAGCAAUCUCAGGGAUAUCCCCAACAAUCUCAGGGUUAUUCCCAACAAUCUCAUGGUUAUUCACAUAACCCGGCUCAAUCAUACCCAAGUGCUCAAGAAUCGGCUCAAACUAGAUAUCCCCAACAAGGAUACCAGGCAAGUGGCUACCCACAGUCAAACCCACAGGCAUAUGCUCAUAGUAUACAAACUCAUCAGGCUUAUGGUGCAUCAAAUCCUGUAGCUAGUACACCCAAGUCCAAACCUACAGUGGUUCCUGUGAACCCCUUCGAUCCUCGCGACGAUGCGGCGGUUCUCAGGAAAGCGAUGAAAGGAUUCGGUACGGAUGAGAAGGCCAUCAUCCAAGUACUGACACGUCGAAGCAAUGAGCAACGUUUGCGGAUAGCGUUUGAAUUCAAGACUCUAUAUGGAAAGGAUCUCGUAUCAGACCUGAAGAGUGAGACAAGCGGCAAGUUCGAGGAUCUUAUAGUGGCGUUGAUGACGCCCUUGCCACAGUUCUACGCCAAGGAGCUGCAUGAUGCAACAGCUGGUAUUGGUACAGAUGAAGAUGUCCUCAUUGAAGUCAUGUGCACUAUGUCCAACCACGAAAUUCACGUCAUCAAGCAGGCAUAUACAGCAAUGUAUGGAACUUUGUUAGAGGACGAUCUUCGUGGAGAUACAUCAGGAAACUUCAAGCGUCUCAUGACAUCAUUAUGCAUGGGCAACAGAUCUGAAGAUUUUCAUAUUGAUCAAGGGAGGGCUAGAGAAGACGCUAGAAGCCUGUUGCAAGCAGGUGAACUCCGUCUGGGCACUGACGAGUCGGUAUUCAACGCUGUGCUCUGUUCCCGUUCGUUCCCGCAACUGGCGGCCAUCUUCCAGGAGUACCAGUUCCUGACAGGACACGACAUCGACGAUGCCAUCAAGGCAGAGUUCUCGGGCGAUCUUGAGAAGGCGCUUCGUGCUAUUGUGAAAGUAGUGCGCAACAAGCCGCUGUUCUUCGCGGAGGGACUUCACAAGUCCAUGAAGGGUCUUGGUACCAACGACAGGCAAUUGAUCCGUAUUAUGGUCACCCGCUGUGAGGUCGACCUGGGAGACAUCGCCGAGAUGUUCCAGGCCAAGUAUGGGGAGUCUCUGCAGAGCUGGAUCGAGGGCGAUUGUUCUGGCCACUACAAAAAGUGCUUCUUGGGAUUAUUAGGUUUAUACUAAGCAUGUUGUAUCACAAACUUUCUCAAUCUCCAAUUUAAGAUUAUAAUUAAAACUUUAUUUUUUUAAACGACAUACAUAUUCUCAAUAUUUUUAUUUUUUAUAUACAUUAUCUAACGGUAUUUGUGUAAAUGUUUGUUUGCGCGGCGUAGUUAUCCUAACUGCGCUGAUGAAAUCAAGUGGUUUUGUGGUAUAACUUGGCUUAUAAUUCUCUAAUUAUAUACUUAUACUAAAUAAAUAAUACUACUGCGCGGGACAUCAUGUCACUGACAAUUUACUUUCAUAUAUAAUAAACGAAAUAUUGUUGUAAAUCUAGAAAUUAAAAAAAGACUUCAUUGAGUAUAAGAAAAUUAACCGCUGUCAAGUGUCAAGUGUCAACUGUUAACUGUCAUCUGUCAAAUGGUUGAAUAUUGCCGCGCAAAUCGAGUUUAUGUCUAAUCGUUCUUUAAUAUAAAUUGGCAUAAAACCGUCCAAAUGA